AAUCGCAGCCAAAUUUAACCCCUUUAUUCAGUGUUUUUGUUUCCGUUCAAUUCCUUAUUCUACUCGUCAUCCUACGAUGACCUCCGUUACUGAUCUGAAUAAUCCCCUCAGAAAGUUUAAACUUGUGUUUCUCGGAGAGCAGAGUGUUGGGAAAACAUCACUGAUUACGCGGUUUAUGUAUGAGACGUUUGACAGUGUUUAUCAGGCCACCAUAGGAAUUGAUUUCUUGUCAAAAACUAUGUAUCUUGAGGACCGAACGAUACGAUUACAGCUUUGGGAUACAGCUGGGCAGGAAAGAUUUCGCAGUCUUAUACCCAGCUACAUUAGAGAUUCAUCGGUGGCUGUCGUUGUGUAUGAUAUAUGUGUUACCGAAUCUUUCCAACAAACUACGAAGUGGAUAGAUGAUGUCAGAAACGAGCGAGGUAGCGAUGUUAUCAUCAUGUUAGUUGGGAACAAGACCGAUUUAUCUGAUAAAAGGAAAGUAUCAACAGAGGAGGGAGAGCGCCGCGCUAAGGAUUUAAAUGUAAUGUUCAUCGAGACAAGUGCCAAGGCUGGUUACAAUGUCAAGGCGCUGUUCCGGCGAAUAGCAAAUGAAUUACUAGAGAAAGAAAAUCCUGCUCCACAGCAUGACGACUUGGUUGAAAUUAAAUUACAUGACUCUUCCAAAGACCCCGAUUAUAAUCGUCGUGGCUGCUGGUGUUAGCUGUGAUUUCAUAUCGAGUUGAAGCCCAUCGAACAACCUCAAGAGACCCAGUGGAAAACAUGUGGUUGUUGAGCAGAGAACUCUCCCCGUGUCACUUUCUGCCUGUGUAUCCGCUUUUUUGCAUUGUGUGCAAAACAUAACAUUCGUAAAGGGCAACUUUUGUGCAUCUGGCACGUCUUCCUUGUCGUUUCUCCUUUUCUCUGGCCAGGUUCCUCAUCACCCGCCUGCUUUCGAUGUAACCUAACCUUCUUCUCCGAAUGACUUGUUAUGUGACCACAGUCUUCGCGCCCUCACCUGAAGCUGGUGCCAUUUGUCUCUCCUUUUUAUUUUUAUUUUGAUGCUUUGUCUUCUUCACCGGUUUCUUUGUACAGGUCCAAAUGUUUUGGUGUGACACCACCGUCCGAACGUCGACCCAAUAUCCCGCUGUCCCUUUUCUAGACUAGUCUACAGACUAGUGAUGCUUCAGUGCUUGCGAAGAAUAAAAGGGAGCCCCACAUUGAUGUAAUUUGCUCCUCUGAGAAUUCGAUGUGAUUAGCUGGGUUUAAACUCCAAUCGUUUCUUGUAUAAUCUGGAUGAUCUGGUUCCAUGCCUGCCAUUAAAUGCUGGUUUGCAAUAGUGCACCGU